UCUAAGGUACUCAGACACAUUCUCCACUUUCUUCUUUCUUUCACAUAUUUCAUCGAUCAUCAAAUCUUUCACAGUGAGAAUUUUCAAUUUUGGUGACCCAGAUUUUCAUUUUUCUACCCAUAUUUUUAUUCUUCUAAUCAUUAAAAAAUGGCAGAUGGUGAGGAUAUUCAACCUCUUGUUUGUGACAAUGGAACUGGAAUGGUCAAGGCUGGAUUUGCUGGAGAUGAUGCUCCAAGGGCUGUGUUCCCUAGCAUUGUAGGGCGUCCCCGCCACACCGGUGUGAUGGUUGGUAUGGGACAAAAGGAUGCAUAUGUUGGGGAUGAAGCUCAAUCAAAGAGGGGUAUUUUGACUCUGAAAUAUCCAAUUGAACAUGGUAUAGUUAACAAUUGGGAUGAUAUGGAAAAGAUCUGGCAUCACACUUUCUAUAAUGAGCUUCGUGUUGCUCCGGAAGAGCACCCCGUUCUUCUCACAGAAGCGCCGCUGAACCCGAAGGCCAACCGCGAAAAAAUGACCCAGAUCAUGUUUGAAACCUUCAACACUCCAGCUAUGUACGUUGCCAUUCAGGCUGUGCUUUCCCUUUAUGCUAGUGGUCGUACAACUGGUAUUGUUCUUGACUCUGGAGAUGGUGUAAGCCACACAGUUCCUAUCUAUGAAGGUUAUGCUCUCCCACAUGCAAUCUUGCGUUUGGACCUAGCAGGGCGUGAUCUCACUGAUCACCUCAUGAAAAUCUUGACCGAGCGUGGAUACUCUUUUACUACUACCGCUGAGCGUGAAAUUGUAAGAGAUAUGAAGGAAAAACUGGCCUACAUUGCUCUUGACUAUGAACAAGAGAUAGAAACUUCCAACACCAGCUCAUCUGUUGAGAAGAGUUUUGAGCUACCUGAUGGACAGGUGAUCACCAUAGGCGCCGAGAGAUUCCGUUGCCCAGAAGUUCUCUUCCAACCAUCCACGAUCGGGAUGGAAGCUCCUGGCAUACAUGAAACCACAUACAACUCCAUCAUGAAGUGUGAUGUUGACAUCAGGAAGGAUCUUUAUGGAAACAUUGUGUUGAGUGGUGGUUCCACAAUGUUCCCAGGGAUUGCGGAUAGAAUGAGCAAGGAGAUUACAGCAUUGGCACCAAGUAGCAUGAAAAUUAAGGUGGUGGCGCCGCCGGAGAGGAAGUAUAGUGUGUGGAUUGGAGGCUCCAUUUUAGCAUCCCUCAGCACCUUCCAACAGAUGUGGAUUGCAAAAGCGGAAUAUGAUGAAUCAGGCCCAUCAAUCGUUCACAGGAAAUGUUUCUAAAAUGCAGCAGAUCGAGUCUAGAAAAUUAUAACUUUCCUUUGUACUACACAGCAAUACCCUGUGGUUCAGAACAAAUUACUUCCUAUUCUUUACCAUUGUUUUGAUCAUGUUUUUGUUUUCCUUUAUUUAUAUGUUGGGAUAAAACUUGAGAGAAUCAAAAGCAAAGCAAGAUAUGUAAGAUUAAUUUUUCCUUUUCAUUAUGACUUCGUUGUAAAAAGCUGUGUAUUUGAACUUUACAUGUUCUUUUCAUUUAAAAUUACUAGGCAUGGAAUUUCACAAGCAUCACAAACAAAAU